AUGGUGACCGUGACCGUGGUCCUAAAGGCGGUGAGCCUGUUUGUUGUAGAGUUCAUCAGCUCCGUCACAGACUGGUUCCAGUCCGAACCAGCAUGGGCCAACCUAGAAGUGCUGGAGGAAACAGAACUGAAGACCACCGGAGGCGUCCAUGAGCGACACAGGGCCAAAACUCUGUGGGACAAGACCGGAGCUGUCGUCAUUGUUGUACGACGACCUGGAUGAUUAUUGUGCAGAGAGGAGGCUGCUGAGGUGUCCUCUCUGAAGUCCCAGCUACAGGACCUUGAAGUCCCUCUGUGUGCCGUGGUAAAAGAAAACCUUGGCAAGGAGCUGGACUGCUUCAAGAAGUACUUCUCUGGGAAGGUCUAUGUGGAUCAGAAGAGAAAUUUCUACGGCCCUAAAGAGAGGUGGAUGUUUCUCUCUGUGUUUCUGCGUAUUGGCGUGUGGAGGAACCUUUGGCGGGCCUACAGGAGGGGCUUCAGGGGAAACCUACGAGGCAAAGGACUUGUCCUGGGUGGAGUCUUUGUCAUUGGGCCUGGAGAUCAGGGUAUUCUACUGGAGCACCGCGAGAAGGAGUUUGGGGAUAAAGUAAAUAUGCUGGCAGUACUCAGAACAGCCCGUACAAUACAAGACCACAUGGCCAGAUAGACCUCAAAUAUAUGAAUGAUGGGCCUGUUAGUGAGGCAUUACAUAAUAAUGGUUGCAGCAUGCCUCUAUUUGUAUGUAUGUAUUA